GCUCACGCAAUUGGAUGUGGUGUUGUCGUGUUGGAGGCGAAGCGGGCCGCGUUGCGAAGGUCUUCGUGGGCCUUGAGUUGGAGGCGAAGCGGUUCGAUUGGAAGGCCCCGCUCUGGGCUCUGUUUGGCGAUGGGAGACUGGACUUUGUACGCGGGCUAUGAUGUGGUGGAGGCGAAGCGGGCCGCGUUGCGAAGGUCGGCGGGGAGAAAACUUUGUACAUCUAGGAAUUCGCUGGGAGAUCCGGUGCUGUUGAACGGCGACGAGUGGCUGUUGGACGGCGACGACAUGACAGCGAUGGAGGAGAUUGAGGCCUUCUUCUUUUUCUCACCGGAGAUCCAGUCUACGGCCAGUGACACGGCAAGUCGUGCUUCUCUGAUUUUUUCUUCGAUGGUGUUCAAGGUGAAUGUGUUCGCCGCGUUCUUCUGCGCGAAGCACGCCGCCAGGGUGAUGGCGCCGGAGAAGAAAGGAGGGGUCAUUCUGUUCACGGCGAGCGCGGUGACGGAGACGCACGGCUUCUUCGCCCACGCCUACACUUCUUAG